AUGGCGACCCACGCGCGCGAGCUCCCUCCCAAGCAAGAGCUGCUCCGCGACGACGGCGAAGACUACGAGGACGACGAGGAGGAGGAGGGCGAGGAGGGGUGGGACGACUGGGAGUCGGACGGCGAGGGCGGCGGCGGCGGCCUCCUCUGCCUGUUCUGCAGCUCGCGGUUCGACUCGGAGGGCUCCCUCUUCGCGCACUGCGGCUCCGAGCACCGGUUCGAUUUCCAGAAGGUCGUGAGGGAGCUCGGGCUCGAUUUCUACGGGUGCAUCAAGCUCAUCAAUUUCGUUCGGUCCAAGGUUGCGGAGAACAAGUGUUGGAGCUGCGGCCAAGCUUUCGCUGGGAACAGCGAAUUAUGCAGCCACUUGCAUGUAGCAGAGGUUUCCCAACUCGAGGGGAAGGUUCCAUGGGCGGAGGAUUCGUACUUGAAACCUUUCAUGGAAGACGACUCGCUUCUGCACAGUUUGUCCAUCUUUGAUGACGACGAAGAGGAGGAUUGUGGAAUGCCAGUGGAAAGAGGGGAGUGUUCGGCGGGCAAUGGGAGGUCAGCUGGGCCCCAUGGUAACGGUCUGAGCACCGUUAUUGACGAUUGUUCUGACAUCAGUGCUAGAUUUGAGAAAGCAGUUAGUACUGGUGGAGAUAAGAAUGGGUCUCUUUUGGAGGAACAGACUGAUAGGCAGCUGAAGAUUACACGCGCUGGUGUGACUGCCAAGGAAAUUAAAAGUGUGGAUGAUAACUACUUUGGGUCUUAUAGUUCGUUUGGCAUUCAUAGGGAGAUGCUUGGCGACAAAGUAAGAACAGAUGCUUAUAGAGAUGCCCUUUUGGAAAAUCCGAGCCUCAUAAAUGGAGCGACUGUAUUGGAUGUUGGCUGUGGUACAGGAAUUCUAAGUCUCUUUGCAGCGAAGGCUGGUGCUUCUAAGGUUGUUGCUGUUGAUGGGAGUGCAAAGAUGUCUUCUGUGGCUACCCAAGUUGCCAAAAUCAAUGGUCUAUUAUAUGAUGAAAAUACAAAAGUUGAACAAAACCGUAGUCCUCAUGUGAUAAGUGUGGUGCAUACCAAGGCUGAAGAGCUAAACCACAAGAUCAAAAUUCCACCGAAUGGCUUUGAUGUGUUAGUGAGCGAGUGGAUGGGUUAUUGCCUACUGUAUGAAUCCAUGCUCAGUUCAGUUAUAUAUGCCCGCGAUCAUUUCCUGAAACCUGGUGGUGCUAUUCUCCCAGAUACUGCAACAAUUCUUGGUGCUGGUUUUGGGAGAGGUGGAACUAGCUUGCCAUUUUGGGAAAAUGUGUAUGGCUUUGAUAUGUCAUGUAUUGGCAAAGAAGUAACAGGGAGUUCAGCUCGAUUUCCCCUUGUUGAUAUACUUCCUUCUCAAGAUAUUGUGACAGAUACUGCUGUACUCCAUUCAUUUGAUCUGGCAUCUAUGAAUGAAAGCGAUAUGGAUUUCACCUCAAGCUUGGAGCUAGGGCUGAGCGGAAGUGAUGCAGCUGUACCAGGAGUAACCUGGUGCUAUGGUAUUGUCUUAUGGUUUGACACGGGCUUCACAGACAGAUUCUGCAAGGACAAGCCCGUCAUCCUAUCCACCUCUCCGCUCUCCACGCCAACUCACUGGUCGCAAACAAUCUUCACCUUUGAAGAGCCCAUCGCAAUGACACAUGAUGAAUCAGUGGCUGAUUCAUCUGCAUCAGUUGGCACGGCUGAGUGCCCAGCUGUCACGGUCAGAUCCCGCAUAAGCAUUGUGAGGGCCUCUGAGCACCGCAGCAUAGACAUAUCGAUUGAAACUACAGGGAUCAGCUCAAAUGGCCGGAAGCACAGCUGGCCAGCUCAGAUCUUCAACCUGUGAGAGAUGACAUGCCUUUAUGGGAUGAAGUUUUGUAUUUGCCUUUCCCCCCCUCUGGAGCUGUCUGGUCUAGCCACCGCCACUCUUCCCCUUCUUUGGUUGUUCUGAAGUUCUGUAGGCUGAAAGGGAACACUUGGCCCAACAGAGGUUUUGGUGGAGAUGAAAGCGACUAAAAGUGCUACUAGAGUAUGAUUUAUUCAGUUAAGUUA